AUGCACGACGCCAACCGCUUCGGUGGUCGCACAGCAUAUCUGCGUGAGAUUGGGCCGAUCGAUCAUAAGAAGAAGGGCCGCCUUUUCAAGCGCGACCUCGCCACGCUGCAAUUCAACGUGGACGUCUGGUGCGCGCAGCAGUCAUUGCGCAAGCAGUGGAAGGGGCGGGACUGGGACGUGGUGGAGAUGCCCUUUGAGCUGGCUCCAAAGGAACUGCAGCGCGUAGUGCCGGAGAAGUACACGGACGUGCCGAUGAUGACGGAUCCGGUUCACCACGACUAUAUGAACAUCCGGCGCAAAGUCUUUGAUAGGGAGGCUCUGCAGGGGGCCCUGUACCCCAGCGGUGGCGCUGACCAGUCACCGUACCCGGCCAUUCAGCGCGUGAACAGGGCUGCCAUGACGCUGGACAAGUAUCUUUGA